CAUAACAGGACCCGACGCAAUCGUUCUCCUUCACAAUCUUACCCGAAGGUGAUUCGUCAAGUAGUCAUCGAGUGCUUUUCCACCAUCCAUAAUUGCAGCAUCCUUCUCGAUCCACACCGGACGCGAGCGAGCUUAGCUUGUGCUAUCGCAUUCUUAUCCAUUCGGCCCGCGGUUCUUUCGGGCUGUCCCUUUGUUGAUCCCCCGAUUCGUUUAUGUCCAAUAGCCUGUCUAGCGUUCAUCAAAACGACAUUCAACCUCAAGCAUCACAAAUAAUCAGCAGUCGCGACGCUCAGCAUGACCUCUCUCAUCACCCAUAUGAAGCAAGCGGAUCUCCGAUGGGGCCGCUGCACAAAGACCAACGCGUGCAUGGCCACUUAGCUGUUCCAGAUCCGCCCUCGAGUCAGCCCACUAGUGUCGACGAUGCGCUCGGCCCAUUGGACGAUGCCUACUUUGCGCGGAAGCGAGCGGCCCUGAGGUCGCAGCACAAGGGAAAGGGAAGACCGCGGUUGAACGGCUCAGAGUCGAGCGCAGACCAUCCAUCCCCAUCGACACGGUCGGAUGUUGGCAUCCAAAACUACUUGAGAUCCGCUAUCGGUGAGAUACCGACUGAAAUCCUCGUGCGUGUUUUCUCGUACCUCGAUGUCAUUUCCCUCGCCCAAGUCGCGCUAGUCUGUUCGUUCUGGGCUGCAAUCGUCCAUGAUGAUGCGACUUGGCGGCUGGCCUUCGCGACUAACUUCGACGUGCAGGGUGGUGACGAGACACUGCCUACUCUUCGGCGCACUCACAAGCUUUCUUGGAAGGCUGAAUAUGUCCGCCGGUCCGACCUGCUGAGGAGAUGGCGCAAGUCCAGGACAGCAACGAUCCUCACCGAUCCUCGCAUUGGCCUCCUUUCUGGCAUCGCGAUCAGUCUACAACACAAAUUCAUGCUCUCCACGUCUGUUGCCAAUGGCGUCGCGUCGCGUUCCGACCCUUUCACAGGGAAAGUUGCUAAAGGCAUGGUUGAGGCGCUGACUGGUGAAGGUUUCGUCACCAGCGUUAGCGCCAGCGCAGUCGACGCCGAUGGCUCACGAGUCGUAUGGGGAUUCGAGAGCGGCAAUGUAUGCGUCAGUUUGCUCGGGAGGCAGGGCGCCAAUCCGCGCGGAAUCAUCAAAACUGUGUCCUUUCCAGCUCGCGACAGCCACACCGGCCCUGUCAACGAUGUUGCCCUACCCUUUGCCAGCAAAAAGGGUGGCGUGCACGCACAUAACCGCAGCGCGGACCGUCAAGGCCAGCGUGCAGCCAGGCUUGGCGAAGCUGGGCAAGCGUUCGUAACUGCCGGAGAAGAUGGCACAGUCAGACUCUGGAGCAUAAAGCUACGGGCAGCAGUCUGGGUUGGCGAAGCAACACAGGCAUUGUUCCAGGAGGAAGAGGCAAGGCUUGACGAUGCAAGCGAACACAAUUCUCUACCUAGACAGCCUUUAUCUGUACCUCUCGAAAAAGUCGACUAUGACCCGACUGGCACGAUCAUCGCUGCUGCUCGUGACGGGACAGUACUCUGUUGGCAUGGCUUCAACAUGGAACUCCUGGAAAAGGGUUCGAUCGCGGCAGGGCCCAUCUUGUCUCCUCGGCACGUUGCUGUUUUCAGACCCAGUAAGGCAAGCCUGUACGCUCCUGCCGAUCUCGUUCUAGAAGACGAAGCGGAUCGUUCCGAAGGCCGCGUUUCUCUGUUGCUGCGCUUCAAAGAAGAUGACGGAUUCUGGCGCCAUGACAUUUCAUUCGGGGAGAACCUGCCAAUGGCUCCAAAGUUCGCAACUUGCCGCUUUGAUGCGCAAGGCCAAGGUAACAUAACAUGUCUUCGUGCCGACUUUGACAUCGGGGAGAGAACGAGCGCCAGUCCUUUGCGUUCACCUUUCGUCCGAUCUGCUUCUCGACGUGGUGCGUUUGACGGUGACAUUCCCGCCCUUAUUCUUGGCCCAUCGGCACAGGAGCUUCGGACUAGCGAAAUCAAGAUCACGCUUCGUGAGCGCAAAUUCGUCUGCGUCGGCACUGGUACGGGGAAAGUUUUUGUGUAUCCAUGGGACAUCAAGGGCGCAGCUAAAUCCAUCGGCGGGGAUCAGACUUGGCUGCACUUGAGCGAGCCACAAACGCGUUGCAGCCCGUCAUUUGCCCUAGAAGUCGGCGUAUUCGAAGUGACUGCUCUCGACUUCAACGCGGCAUUUCUUCUAUGCGGCACUUCGGAUGGGAGUGUCAAAGUCUUUAACGCGCUGACAGGUCAGCUGGUCCGCACGUUCGCCGACCGGGCCGCAAGUCGUCAUCCCGCUCGUAUGCUCGCUGCCGGCGAGCUCACCAUGAGCGAAGCAUUGCGAUUCAGGGUGACCCAAAUUAUCACGACGGAGGACGCAUUCGUCGCUAUCAUUGGUUCUCACGUGCUCGCAUGGCGCUGCGAGACUGCAAUGCGCUCGACACUGCGCAAGGCGGGCAAAUCCAGCUCUGGCAAGUCACGCCAUCCUCUGCGCAGAUUGGACUCAAAAAUCCAAGCACAGAAUGAUCUGGAAGACGAGGUUAUGGAGUGUACCGAGUCCGUCCGGUCCGAGGCAGCGCGCACGCAGGCCGAAUUGCGCACACAGCAGUACUGGCAGGAAGUGUCCACGCUGGACGACAUGACCGAGCAGGAGGCUUUCGCGUAUGCCAUGAUGCUCAGUCGCGAUCAGCAAGAGGCCAGCGGACGCACUGGUCACGGCGGCAACGGUAUCAUUAUCGAUGAUGAGGCUGAACUACAAGCGGCUCUCGAUGCCAUCGCUCUCUCAGAAGCAAGGACCGGGUCGCCGCACGAGGCUUCUGAAGGCGCAUCGCCUGACGCAUCCUUUGCGUCGUCUCCUGGACCCUCGCCUGGCUUGCAAGGCGUCUCUUCACCACGAGCCUGGCAGAUCCUCGCGCAUGCUGGCUCUGCUGCAUCAAACACGACCGAUCUCCGCAGCGGUGCUCACAGCAAGGUGCAGACUGUACAGGUGCCAAGGAGCGCACGGCGCAAUGCUGCGGACUCGGCGACGCGUAGCGCUUUUGCUGAGGGUUCUGCGCUCCCUGAGAUCGGCUCGCCCACCGAAUGGCCUAGCGUCUCGCCUCUAAGCACCUCGCUGCGUUCGAGCUCGAUGACGUCUUCAGUUUCCGCUCCGCGCUCUUUUAGUGCCUCAUCACCACGGAACAUGCCUUCUCCGUCGUCUGUCCCGAACUCGGCGGGUGACACGCGUUGCACGUCCUUUGCAAAUGCCACUACCGCCGCCACAGGAGCAGCAGGAGGUGGAGCGGGAACGGAUGCUGAUAGACCGUCUUCCUCACUCGGCGCCUGGGCAGCUGGUAACCCGAUUCGACAAGCUGCCGCAAUGCCUUCAUCGCGCGGAGUGCGUAUAGCCAACUCACCGUCUUUGCUUGCGCGAGAUUUACAGCGGCAGAAGCAGCAACAGCAGUAUAUCGGCAGCAGCGCUCCUGCUUCUCUUUUGCCUCAAAACGCCUCUCCCAUGCGUGGCUCUUCUUCUGCAUCGCCUGCAAAUGGGAGCAUGACUCUGCUCGUGGGAGUGGAUGGUAUGGACGAUGAUCUGCGGUUCGCCAUCGAAUUGUCGCUUGCAGAAGAAAAGUCGCGCCAACAGUCGCAAACUUGAUCCGGUGCUAGCUGUUACGCCUCUAUUCCGCUCAUAUUUCUUCAUCGCUUCCUGUUCUAUAACUGAAAUUUAUAAGUUGCGUGC